CCUUUGACUUAGUGGUAGCCGAGAUCUUUAUGUGAACAGAAGAAUAUUAUUGCGCUGCACGCCCGUCGCUCUCGUACUUAAAGGCCGCACUUUCAAGUCGAUACAUAUACCUCUCGCACAGUGUAUUUGCGCAAAAAAAAACGUAACCAAGUAGAUUGAGAAGAAAAUAAAAAAUCCAUUUGUGAAAGAAGUUAUAUACGGAGGAGAGGAGUUGAAGAAAAAGUGUUGCUUCCGAAAAAAAAGUCUUUUAAAUGCUGGCAAAAAUGUCGGUGAAGUAUGAAGAGAAUUGUACUUAAAAAGUAAAGAAAUACCCAAGUCUGAGAGUAAAUGUGUGGCCCCUUCUGUGGUGCAAAAAAAAGAGUUAAUUGUGCAAUGUUUCACUUAAUUUCUGUGACUGCUCAGUGAGAACUGCAUUGAAGAACCAUAAAGCAAAAUACAACAAGACAACUUCCACAAGAGAGACAAUAUUGAGACACAGACAAUUUUAUAAAAUUCCCUUUUUCCCUACAUAACUAUUUUUUUUUCACUUAAUGUGUGUUGUUCUCUCUCGUUAUUACAAAUAAUCACGGCUUUGUUUAGUUGUCUCCUUUAGAGAGCUAUUAUUUUGUUACAACUCUUGUACAACAUCUAAAAUAUUGUUUGUGUUGUAAUUCAGCGGCCUUUUCUUAAGUGCGACCACCAGCAUUUUUUUCGUCUUUCUCCACACCGCGUAUUGUUAACUUUCGGUGGUGAUAUUGGUGCUAUCAGUUGAAGAAAUCUUGCACAGUUGAGUCCAUCCCAUUCAUCAAAUUGGCUCGACUCCAAUACGUGAUUUUGGUUUUGGUGUGAGAAAGCAGAGGACAAGUCUGUCCAUUCAUCCCAGCAAGUGUGACAAUUGGACUGAAGAAAAGUGUGUCUUAUAGGAGGUGAAGACGAAUUUAUUAUACACCGCCGAUUUGGAUAAACCCCAAUUUAUUGGAUUACUUUACUAGUUUUGUACGCAUUUUACACACAAAAUACUUAAUAAUAUAAAUGUAAGUUGAUAUUCAAUAGCUCUAAGAUUUUAUAAUAGAAAAUCCUUCACUUUUCGCUUUUUUAGCCUAUGCUUUGUACACGUCAUGUCUCAUUUCUUUCGUAAAUAGAUAAUUUCUGGGAACAUUUUUAACUCAAUCGAUGAAUAAGGAAUGGAAAAUAUUUAAAAAUAAAUAAAUAAUCGAUUUUAGCUAGAGUUGAUUGAAGAUUAUCUAAAAUAUAAUUUGAAGUCAAUCUUGAAAUUUUUUUAUUUAAAAUGUAUUCAAUUGAGAUUUUCUGAUCUUGAUGUUUUAACUUCAAUCAAUUUUUCUUAUAGUUUGUAUACAAAAUAUUCUACAUAUUAGUCAUCGUUCUUGAUCUUGGUCGAUAGUUCACUCUUUUAUUCUAAUCUUUAUUACGUCUUUGAUAUUUUCCAUGAUCUCUUUACUCAAUUCUUUAAGUUUUUAAAAGGAAAUUAUUAACAUUUUCAUCUUUUUAGUUCUUUCAUAAAUUUUUUUUUAUCACAACUGUAUUAUUUUUUUAAACGAAUUAUGUAUCAGGAUAAUUUUUAAAACUAUUCUCUCCUAAAAAUUCUAAAUCCGAAUAAAAAAAAUUUAUUAAUCCGGAUUUUCCAGGAUUCUUUUUUCUUAGACAUUCUAUGAAAUUUAUUUAAAUCAUGUUCUAGAAAGAUCCAUGAGAAAUCAUAUCUGACUAGCUUUUUAUGCAUUUGACGUAAAUGCGUAGAUAAAACCUAAAAAUAAAUGCAAUAUAUCCGGGUUAACAUAAUUCCGGCAUUUUUUUGUCGAAUACUCUCAAAGAGAAUUUAAAAAAAACUCAUUUUCCGAUCUCGGGCAAAUGCAAAAUAUCCUUAAAAAAUACGCAGAAAGCACUUUAAAAAAAUCCCAUAAACGAAAUAUCCAUAAAUCCAUCUUCCAUGAACUUCUUGUGCGGUAUCCAUUAACGAUCAUGACGAUAAUUGGAAUGAUUGUAAAAGACAUGUUAAAAAAAAUUUCUUGGCACAGCAAAAUCGUACACGUGGAGUGGGCAAUUUAUCAUCGAUUAAUUGUUUUUUAGUGCUUCGAGCACUCCAUUUUUUCGGACACUUUUACGAUGUGAUCAACACACAAUUAAUGGGGAAUGUUAAAAAUAAAAUAUAAUUAUGAGUUAUGUGGCUUAUAUCAUAUGUGCCAUCAUUCGCUAAAUUGGUCGAAUUAAAUGUUGAUGAGUGAAGAAAAUUGAAUGAAAAAAAAAUCUUUUUGCGAAAUUCCUUGCUCAGGGAAGUUAGAUAGGAGAGAUUUAUCAAGUAAGAUUAUUACAAUUAAUUGCAAAAAAAAUCGCAAAGGAAUUUUAAAUAUUGAUAAAAUUAGCAAAGGAUAGAUUUUCAUAAGAGAAUUGAAUUAGAAGAAGCGAAGAAUGUAAUAAAAAUCAUCACACUAAAAACUUCUUAAAGGCAUAAAGAAAAAAAUGGAAGCUGACACACCGCUAUAGAUUAUUUUUGUCCCAAAAGAUGGCAUUGGAGACAAAAAGAGAUACAUAUUCAUUUCAUUAUGAUCACCAUAAACCCCAAAUGCAGAAAAAUUGUGUCAAAUUCGGAGGAUUCUUAGCUAUGUUUGCUCAACAUGAUGAUGGCAUUCGAUGGGAAUUUUUGUGAAGGCACAUCCCGAGGGAAAGAUCAAAAAGAUAGCGCAUUGGUUUGGCAUUUUGGAGCGGGUGAAAAAAAAAAGAAAUGCCAUAUGAGUUAAUUUCAUAUUAAGCACUAAACAUAAACAAGUGUGGUGGUACAAAAAAAAAGAAGAAGUUCAACCCAUGGUGAGGAAAUACACCCAGAAAAAGAAUGAAGAAAUUCCUUUAGUCCGCAAUUUUGGGGCCCCCUUUUUCUCAAACAGUCCUAAAGUGUGAACAAAGGCGUGCGAUGUUCUGAGAAAAGUUUCUCUCGAGCUCUUCUUUCGCAUCGGCAUGCUCUCUAACUCACCCUGUUGGCACGACUUCGGGCACUAUUUUUUUUUACAACACACAGAGGACACAGCAUCACGCCGAGAAUCCGAGUCAAUGGGCAACUUGACAAAAUAAGUGAAUGAUGUAGAGACAUCACCAUUGUAGACAGCUUACAAUGAGCCGUGGCGAAUAUUACUUAAGACAGGUCUCACGUGAUUGCUAAACUGAUCACCCCAUCACCUUAACCGAGAUCAGGGCAAAAAAAAAAGACCAAAAAGAAUGAGAUUAUACCUGAAAUGACUUAGACAACGUCAAGAGAUCAUGAUUUGGGGAAUUUCUGCGGAAAAAUUCUUCAAGCACCAGACAAGUCUUCUGUGAGUACCGCGAUCACCCAGAAGAUCAGCCACACUCGCGCGGUGUGUCAGAACCAAAGGAUUCUCAUCGACAUAGCUCCAGCAUGACAUCAUCGGCAGCGCGAGGAGAUAAUUUGAGGCACCGCCCAGAAGAUUUGGCCCUCAGGGGUUUAACACACAGCAUAGCCCCGCGGGAUUGUGCGUGCCACGCAACUUACUUAGCGUUUUCUUUUUUUUUCUACACCGCAAUUGCUAUCACGCGCCUUUUUUUUUGCCCCCAAGAGCGCAAUUCUUUGUUUUGCACCUGAACGGUACUCUCGAUGGACCUCUGGAACCUUGAAAUUCUUUCUUCUCGUGCAAACACGUGGGCAUGUAAAAACUGAGAUUUGCGAGAGGAAGUGCGGGAAAUUGACUUGAAUGAAGGUCCAGUGUCACCUUUGUCCUUGUAGUAAUCACCCAUUUAACACGACAAGUGUUGCGUUCUUAUAUUAAUAGAACAAAAUCCACUGGGGGCUUCCUAUGUGAUUGAGUUUGAAGGAAGAUUUUGUUGGGUUUGAUCUUAUAUUAGAAACUUAUUUGGUCUUGGGUUAUAAAUGGAACGCUAUUAGAACUGUUUAGGUUCAUACACAUCAUAUUUCAUUAGGACUGUUGGAGAUAUAUUUAUAAUUUUUUUUAGUACUUAGGUUUGUUGAAAUUUGAUCACCAUAAUGAGAUUAAUUCGUUUUAUUCAUGAAAAGAAUUCAGUCUUAGUAAGUUAAAAAAUAUUCGAUUGAUUAAUCAAGAAAAAGUUGAUCAGUAUAAACUGAAAAUUUAUAAAAUUAAUACGUUUUGUGUGAAUUUAUGAAUGAUUUAUGCUUUGUGAAUAAACUGCGUAAUAUAUAAACUCAAUUUAGAUAUGUUUAGUAACAGACAAUCUCAAAUGAAAGUCUUUAAAAAAUUCUGAAAGAUUUUUCUUCAGAAUCUCUCUUGAGAAUUUUAAUUCAGAAAAAUCAGUAACAAAAACGUUAAUGUACAAAAAUCCAAAAUGAAACUCCGUAUGGAAUGCAAACAUAACAGAAAUGUUUGAAAAUUCAAUGAAGUAGCGUAAAAAAUGCAAUAUUUAGCAAAAUUCAUCUGCACAAGCUCUUGAUUUGGCUUAUAUAAAAAAAAAAUGCUUCUGCAGCAUAAAAUGCAAAUAUUUCACCAUUACUCAUCAAUGGCCAUGGCUUCUAUUGUGAAUUUUCUCUGGGUAUAUUGUGCCUUUUGGUGCUUGUUUUGCCCAUCCAAUUGAGUCUCCAGUGAGUCUCAAUUGAUUUGUUGGCGAGCUCGGCGCGCGCAUUCUUAUCCUGCGCGUGAUUUUGAGCUUGGUCGCGUCUCGGGGCUCUUGGAGACACCAUGGAGACUCUGCGCGCGGCAGCUCUUAUAGAGAAAAAUUAACAAAAUGAAAGGAACAAGAAAGAAAGAAAAAAAAUCAGAGAGAAACAGUCACAUGCGGUAUUUAUUUUACAUAGAGCCAUUGAUGUAAUUAAUGGGUGGAAACACCAUAAACAAGUCUCUCCGAAAAUAGACUGCUUUAACAGACAGUAUGGUACCAAGAACGCAGGCCCGAACUCCCCGGCUGAGGCCACGAUCGCAGCGUGGCGAUUUCUCACAACCCACGGAGUCUGAUGGGUGUGUACACAGCAGCUAUACAUAAAAUUGCAUUCAUUUAAAUGUUGAUUGCACUCUUCGUCAAUUAAAAUGCAUAGAGUGGAGUGCGUUCAGAAGUAUGUAAUAUACCAGAAAAAAAAGACGUUGCUUGCAUGGACGCAGAAUAUACAGAGACGCAUAAUCGGACACUUGUCAACGCGAAUGCCAUACAUCAGCCUCUCUCUGCCGCGUACUGGAUUGAUUAAUUCGCAAUGGUGCUUCAAGGGAAGCCAAUUCCACAACACCAGACAUCCAUCCGCGACUAUAUGUAUAUAUAGCCCCCUCAGCAUCACCGCACUGACAAAAAUUUAUGGGAUUCUUUUUUUUGCUUCUUCGCGAUUUCCGGAAAUAUUUUGCCCAGAGAGUUUCUUUUUCUUUGCCUUAAUUUCCAAGAAUACACGCCUCUCAUCUUGUCAUCGCCAUUUGAUAGCGUGCGCGAUGAAAAUCUGGUUGAGUACGCCCGAAUUUAAUAAAACGCGUAGAUGUGAAUUUGAUCUUAAGAGGUCAAAGCGAAAACAUAUUUAUUUGACAAUGUGAAAAAGCAUUUUUUUUCUGGGGAGAAUGGAAAUUUAUUAGAGAUCUUGGCAAUGAUUCACUAGCUACGGUGUCAUCAUCGUUCUCAGAAUCAAAAGAUGCCGCAGAUCCAAAUCUUACGCGCGAAAAGACUAUAAACUCGAAACACACGCAACAAGUUAUUUGGAGUAGAGGUUUUUGAAAAGCUUUCGGGAAUUAAAGUAACUUUGAGGAAUAUUUUGUGACUAUUUCAUUUGUUAGUUUGUCUACUUGGGUAAGACAUAUCAGCGCAUGAAAGUACGAAUGUUAUUGCCUUUCGAUGACGUUAGCCUUAUACUUGUUUGGAAAACAUAAACGUUGAUUAUUUUGAGAUUUUGUGGUAAUUUAUUUUCAAACUCAGCAUGAAUGCCUUUCUAUUAAUUUCUUAUACAUAAGUAUUGAAAGUAAACAAGUUUAUUAUAUAAUAAUAUUUUGGUCCUAAGCAGGGCCCUCUCCCUAAAAUUUCUGAGUACUGCCCUUACCCAUCAGAGGAGCACAUUUGAACACAAGUACAUUUUAUUUAUUGCUUUAUAAUAAAUUAACCCAUACAGUUGAUAUUGAAUGUUUCAUCGUUGGCGUUUUUUUGCGCUUUUGAGCGCACAACACACAGCAAAUAUAUAUAAAGCAAUUUAUUAAAAGUCGGAUUCUGUAUGAGAGAGCGAAUGAGAGCCUGUUGCUCUUGAGUGCAGCCGCAUGAAGAUCUUAUUUUAACCCUUCAACCGUCGCAUACGCAUUUCAUAUGCGGUGUCCAAAAAGAUCACCAAGACCACCUCCAUUGAGGAUUUAAAUUGUAAUUCUUCUUUUUCCAUCGUCAUAAGUUUUUUUUUCGCCUCGCGAUUCAUGGUGGUAAUAUACCACACAUUGGUGAGAAUAUUUAUCGAGAUGCAUCUUCUUGCGAAAGCACACGUAAUUUCCAGGAAUUUAUGAGACAAUCCCGAUCAAAUUUCGAAAGAAAACACGCGAUCGCGACUUCAAUGAGCGGAUCAUGUGGAUCGAUAACGUGCAGUGCCAUAGCAAUAAAUCUGCCAACAUCCGAGGAAACUCCUCCGAUGGGAAAAUACGCCAUGGGAGUUUGUAUUUAUCUUCUUUUUUUUUUUAGUUAUGAAUUUCAAUGGAUCCACCGCAGUUAAUUGAUCAGCAGUCAGCACGAAAGUCCGCGCGCGAUCGUUUGCAGGGAAAACACACAAUAAAAUUUCAUGGCUUCCAUUUAAUUUUGGGGGCUUCAGGUUAAAGACCCAAAUCAAACAUUUUCAUCGUGGUGACACCCAUUGAGUAAAGAUCAAGGCUAAAUGUCUUUAUUAAUUUGAUGUACCUUUUAAACCCAUAGGCAGGGAGAUUAUACUUUAAUCACUUCAUAAUACCUUAAUAAUUGAAAGUUUUUAGUGGAGGAAUUCAGAUAUUAUUUUGCACCUUAUUUUUUAUUUUGCUUAAAAAAUUAAAAAGUUCUAUAAUUCUUAUAAAGUGUGUACCACACUUUUAGCGAGCACCUUUCCCUUGGGCAAAAAAUUGGUUUAUUCGUUUAAUUUAUUUAUUUAAUCGCGUGUAAAUUGUACGAUUGUCUGGGGGACAUUUAUCAUGCGUAGAUUGGCAGAGAGAAGCGCGCAAAAAUGGCAGAGAUUUCUUUUGAAAUCUCUCAGCGGAAGUUUCGAGAUUAUGGUACGUUUGAUGUUACAAAAAUAUUACUAUAUACCUCUCAAAUUUAUAGACUGCCAUGGUGACCCCACACCACGGUAUACGCCACUGACCGAGUAGAAAAUUUUCCUUCUCAGCCAUAAAGAGAGGCACGCUGAGCAUUUUCACGCAAGAUUGUUAAAAUGAUAAGUCGUCUUUUUAUGAAUCACGAUAGAAGAAAUUAAUUGCUCAAUUCCGUUUGUUGAUACUUCACCUUGUUUCAGUUUUACAAAAUUCACUGCUGUGAAUCUCUUCUCACCGGUCGAGCCUGUGUGUGUGAGAAUUUUCCUCAAUUGUGCUAAUUGAAAGGUGAAAAUGUAUUAAGUGAAUCUUGCAAAUUGAAUUGUAUCACACCCAUUAAUUGUGAACCAUUUUGCAAAAAUUUAAACGUCUAUCUCACUUAUCGCGCGCGUAAUCACUGCGGAGGUGAGAAUGACUCAAUUCAGGAGCAAUUUGCAUUCUUUGCGGAGUUAAAUGACGCAGUGAAAUGCGGGAAUUUUUUUUUUGGAAUUAUUAGAAAGAAAACUCGCGUACAUAAUGUGAAAUCACCACACAAGUGCUAAUUGCAGCUCCGCCGUAAUUUGUAAACAUCCUUUUGUGAUGUGAUUGAUAAAUUGCGGGGUACUGUACAUGAUGUGUUCCAAAAAUCUCUUUCUAUCAUUGGCACUCAUACUUGUUUUGGUUCCAAUGAUCGUGUCCUUCCCGAGGCAUCAUACGCUAUCCAAGAGGAGCUCGUUCUUUGACAUUGAAUGCAAAGGUGUCUUCAACAAAUCCAUCUUCUUCCGACUGGACAGGAUCUGCGAAGAUUGCUACUCACUGUUCCGGGAACCUCAGCUUCACUCACUAUGCAAGAAGCGAUGUUUCACAACAGACUACUUCAAAGGAUGCUUAGACGCGUUACAAUUGACUGAUGAGCAGGAGAUCAUAAAAACAUACGUUAAAGCUAUUAAUGGUGCCGAACCAAUUCUCUAAAAACAAAACCUAAACAAAUGUGGUUAAAUAAUUUUAAAACUAAAAAAAAACUAGUUAAAACAAAAUGAGCACUUAAAUCAACAAAGAGAAACAAUCAAAAAAAGAUCCUACAAAAUAGCUAAAAGCAUGUUAUUUUUUACAUCACUUUUUAUUAUUUUCUACAAUGUAUAUUUUUGUUUUUUUAAUUAAAAAAAAAACAAAUUAAAUAAAAAAAACUUAAAAAAAUAAAAAAUAAAAAUAAAAGUAAUAAUGAAACCACCAAUUAAAAUGCAAAAGAAUAAUGAAUGGAUAGAAGGACCAGACCGACCAGACCUAACACACAAUCCAGGAGUUUUUUCUUGAUUUUCAUUGUUACCAUUUAUUG